AUGCUAACUCUAGGCUUGGGACUAUUGGCACUUAAAGUGUUUAACAUGCAGGAGGAAAUACGCAAACUCCAAAGAGAAGACAACCCUCAUUUAGCAGAGGAACUGGUCAGCCCCUUCUACAAUGAAACUCUUCCAGAGAGAAGCUUUUACAGAAAGAACUCCAGAGGUGAAGAACCAUUGAUCGAAAGCUUAGAAGAGGAAAUCAACACCAUUAGGGUCAGCAACCACCAUUUAUGGAUGAGGAUGAACAAUAUCACACUGGCUGCAGGGCAACUUGGAAUCAAAGGAGAACCUGGUCCUCCGGGAAGAAAAGGUGAGAAGGGAGACAUGGGUCUACGAGGACCUGCUGGAAGCAAAGGAGAACCAGGGUCAAAGGGUAUUGGAUUUCCUGGGGAGAAAGGAGAGAAGGGGAUACCUGGAGGAGUAGGAGCUCCAGGUGCCAAGGGAGACAAGGGAGAAGCAGGUUUAAGAGGACCACCGGGUGAAGAUGGAAGUAAAGGGGACAGGGGCCUCGCUGGUCCAAAAGGUGAACUAGGAAUGAAAGGGGAUACGGGGCCUACAGGUCUUCAAGGAAGUAAAGGUGAAGUGGGCAAGAAGGGAGAAAUGGGCCCCAGAGGACCAAUUGGUGCUCCUGGAAACAAGGGAGAUGCAGGUAGAGUGGGUGCACCAGGGCUUCCAGGACAGAAAGGAGAGGCAGGCAUUCCAGGACCAAAGGGAGAACAGGGAGAUUCAGGGUUUAGAGGCCAAUAUGGUGAAAGCAGGCGGUAUUUUGGCAUUCCAGGUCCGAAAGGCGAACCAGGAAUGAAAGGCUCCAAAGGAGACAUGGGACCUAGAGGACUGCCAGGGAGCAAAGGUGACAGGGGUGAACCAGCGGAAAGCUACUCCGACCCCAAGAUAAGGCUCAUUGGAACAGCUAAGGGGGGCCGUGUUGAAAUUCUGUACAAAGGGAAGUGGGGAACAAUAUGUGAUGAUAAAUGGGACAAACAAGAUGGAACCGUGGUCUGCAAAAUGCUGGGAUAUAGUCAUGCAGUUCACGUCAUGACAACAAGCACAGAUUCUGUUCCCAUUUGGCUUGAUGACGUGGAGUGCAGUGGAACAGAAGACUCCAUUUUUGACUGUGAAAAAACCGAUUGGGGGAAACACGACUGCAGCCACAGCGAAGAUGCUGGGGUGGAAUGUGCCUAA